UUCAAAACACAUCUGCAAUAUCAGGUUUUAUGGCAAAUAAAUGAAUUGAACAACAAUUUACUCAACUGACAACAUGACAGUAUGUUCCACAUCUUUAUAAAGUAACACAAUAUAUCUGACAGUUAUCCAGCUUUUUAAAGGAAAUAUGUAUUAUUUUUCGGUUGUUUAUCGAGUUAUUGAUGUAAAACAUAUGUUUUGAGCAUGAUAUAACCUCUGACAGUAAAUGUAGCCGGUGUAAAUAUUGCGCUUACACCCGCCCUCUCUUGGGUUUUCACUGUGCGUCUGCGGAUCAUAUCAACUGUAAAAUAGAAACCUCCCCGGCCUCUCAGGUUGUCUGGACAUGUCUGCUGUCUGUGCAGAGUCGCAAAUAAACAUGGAGCAGCAACAUUCACUUUUAUGCACCAUAUAUCUGGAAUAAACUCUCAAUGAAAAAAGAAAAUCAAGGAUGAAUUUAUACUUAUAUUGCCGCUGCCUUCGAAUACAUCACUGCAACUUGUAAUACUUUUUACUUUUAUUAUUUUAUUCCUGUCUUAUUCUAUUUUAGCUUGUUGUGUGGUGUUUUUACUCGCCUUGCCUCUGACCACUGCUUAAAAUGUAAAAGUAAGGUUUGUUGUUGGUUUCGUGUGUUUAUGAUUAGCUGGAGGGACUCAAGACCCUCCCUCUGUAAAAGAAAGGGGGCGUGGCUAUCUGGGGCUCGUUCUAAAAUAGGGACAAAGUGUUGUUUUGAUCAGUUUGCUCUUGCAAAGCCUGCAACGGAGGUGCGCUUUUAAACGUGUUUUUAAUUUGCACAGUACAAUGUCUUUUAAGGCGGUGAGCGCUGCGGUGACACGCACGCUGUGGACUCGAGGACACGGGAUUCCUCCGCUCGCGCGGUCCCCCAAAGUGAACAGACUUUCGACAACGUGCAGCCUGUUAACCGUGAGAAAGCAAGGCGGCGAACCACAUGAACAAAGCUGCAGCGCUGACUCUGACGGCGCGAAUGGCGACGUGCACGUCUCCAGCGAGCCUCCUCACAGAUGCAAUACCGGGGAAGAGAAGCGAGCCAAGGGGCCCGCGGGUGUUCCCGAUGUCAAGAACCGGCCGAACGCCUCCACCGCAGCUCCGGUGAAUAAGACGUCUUACUUGUGGGCUCGGUACAAUGACACCAAGCGGCUGGUUCACGACCUAAUCCCACCAGGUGCGUGUAACCUCCUCAACUCCACCACCAUCUACGCUAACAACGAGGUCGACCUGUCAGAAGUGGACAUCUACGGCUUUGACUAUGACUACACUCUGGCGAUGUAUUCCAACGCCCUCAACACAAUGAUCUACAAUAAAGCCAGAUGCUUCCUAAUCGAACACUUUAAGUACCCUGAAGGCCUCUGCAAAUAUGAUUACAUUCCCAACUUUACCGUCCGAGGUCUGCACUAUGACAUCCAAAAGGGUCUUCUGAUGAAGAUAGAUGCUUUCCAUUACAUUCAGCCAGGAACGGUGUAUCGGGGACUGAACCCGGUGUCGGACGAGGAGGUGCUUCAGCUCUUCGGGGGGACUUACCAUGUCCCACUGCAGCAGGACAGCGGCUUCUAUGGAAAGGGACCAAAGGUUAAGCAGUUCAUGGACAUCUUCUCCAUUCCUGAGAUGACUCUCUUGGCCUCAGCAAAUGAUUUUUUCAUCACCAAUGGCAUCGACUACGAUCCGGUUCACCUCUUCAAGGACAUCUCGGAAGCGAUCGGCAUGGUUCACGUGAAAGGCUUCAUGUACAAAUGGGUCAUGGAAGAUCUUGAUAAGUUCAUUCUGAGAGGAGAGGAGACGGACGCCGUUUUGCAUCGGUUGGUCAGUCAUGGAAAGAAAAUGUUCCUCAUUACCAACAGUCCCUUCAGCUUUGUGGAUAAAGGAAUGACCUACAUGGUGGGAAAAAACUGGAGAGACUUCUUCGAUGUUGUCAUAGUGCAGGCGGAAAAACCUCACUUCUUCACCGAUUGCAUCAAACCCUUCAGGCGCUUGGAUGCUAAUGGAGACCUCAUGUGGGAAAAGAUAACCUGUUUGGACAAAGGACAGAUCUACAAACAGGGAAACCUGUUUGACUUUCUCAGACUCACAGGCUGGCGAGGUUCACGGGUUCUUUACUUUGGCGACCAUCUUUAUAGUGACUUGGCUGACCUGAUGUUGCGUCAUGGCUGGCGUACAGCAGCCAUUGUACCCGAGCUGGAGCCGGAAACCAACGUGGUGAGCACGGACCGGUACGGCAGGAGCCUCACCUGGCUCCAGGCUCUAACCGGCCUGAUGGAGAACCUACAGGUGCAUCGGGAUCCAGAGUCGAAACGGGUGUUUGAGGAAUGGCAGAUCGAGAGAGAAGAGCUCAAGGUGAUGACAAAGAACGUGUUCAACCCUCAGUUCGGCAGCAUCUUCCGAACGUGUCACAACCCCACGUACUUCUCCAGGCGACUCUCUCGUUUCUCGGACGUCUACAUGGCCUCCAUCAGCUGUCUCUUGAAUUAUGACCUCGAGUACACUUUCUACCCCCGCCGCACCCCCCUGCAGCACGAGGCUCCUCUGUGGAUGGACCAGCUUUGCACCGGCUGCACGAAGACUCCGUUUCUGGAGGAGAUGUCUCGCAUCCGAUGAUGAGAUAGAUCUGUGCUCGCCUCAGUGACCUGCCGGACAUUUAUUUCAAUGUCUUUUGAUUGCCUGGUUUCUUUAGUCAAGAAGGUGCCGCACUCCUCUCUCCUUACAGGGCAAAGCAUUACUGGAUAGCCCCACGUCUCCAGUGACUUCACUGGGAGCGGCAGUCGAUGUACCUGCUGUCCUGAGAGCAUGCGAUUCAAGAUUGCCAGAACUCUGGUUGAUGCCUGAAUAAAAAUUAUGAACAAUAUGCAGCUACUGUCACACAUGUGUAACAAUAAAGAAGUCCAAUCUGA